ACUCAGGAGCAGGAGGAGGGUGUUAAGUAAAUGUUACGGUGACUCAAUUAGAUUAACAUUCUUUAUCGCCAAUUUCAAAUUCAUAGUAACAUGAUUAUGUUCUUUUCUUACUUCUUCCUUCAUUAUUUUUUUGCAUAUAAUCGAACACAUUGGAAUUGCUCUUGUUUUUCAUACCAUCUUCUAUUCUCUUGUCAUGAAGUGCAUUAAUUCUUAGUUUAUUUGAAUCAACAAACUUAUGGUCGUCUUUACCUACUCGGCUUACAUGCGAUUUAGACGAAGUCCUGCUACUGAAAUCUUUAACUUUUUCUAUAAUUUAUUUCUUAAUGUUGACUCGCAGAAGCAAGAAAACAAGUGAUUGGAUGCAAAUUCAGAUAUUAGGUAGUUCUGUAAAAACUAUAGAAUCCCGAAAUGAAAACCAGACAUCAAGAUGACGAUGAGCUUCAAUGGAUUCCAUCGUCUCUAUUACAUCAUCUCCAUCGCACUUCUGUUACAACCACCAUCCGCCAUCGCCGGAGAUUCAAUCCUCUCCAGAUUCCAACAAUAUCUUCAAAUCAAUACAUCUCACCCAUCACCCAACUACCAUCAAGCUGCAGAUUUCAUCCUCUCCCAAGCUAAAUCCCUCUCCCUCGAAUCCCGCACCAUUGAAUUCGUCAAAAACAAACCCUUGAUCCUUCUAAAAUGGCCCGGCAAAAACCCCGACCUCCCUUCCAUUCUUCUCAACUCCCACACCGACGUCGUCCCCGUCGAACCCCACAAAUGGUCCCAUCCUCCCUUCGACGCCACAAUCGACCCUGAAAACGGCAACAUCUACGCUAGAGGCUCACAGGAUAUGAAGUGCGUCGGUUUGCAGUAUCUAGAAGCAAUUCGGAAGCUCAAGGAUUCGAAAUUCGAGCCAUUGAGGACAAUCUAUGUCUCGUUUGUUCCUGAUGAGGAAAUCGGUGGACUCGAUGGGGCGAAGAGGUUUGCGAAUUCGAAGAUAUUUGAUGAGAUGAACGUCGGGAUUGUGUUGGAUGAAGGAUUGGCGUCGCCGGAGGAUAAAUACAGGUUGUUUUAUGCGGAGAGACGUGCGAUGUCGUUGGUGAUAAAAGCUACCGGAGCCCCUGGGCAUGGGGCUAAGAUGUAUGAUAACACGGCAAUGGAGAAUUUAUUGAAGAGUAUCGAGAGUGUGAGGAGGUUCAGAGCAUCUCAGUUUGAUUUGGUGAAGGCAGGCGUCAAGGCUGAAGGCGAGGUCAUCUCUGUAAACAUGGUCUUCCUCAAAGCUGGAACUCCUUCUCCUACUGGUUUCGUGAUGAAUUUACAGCCAUCGGAAGCGCAAGCUGGUUUUGAUAUUCGAGUGCCACCAAUUGCCGAUCACGAUCAAGCAUCGUUGGAGAGACGAAUUGCAGAAGAGUGGGCCCCAGCUUCACGAAACAUGACAUUUGAGAUUCGGCAGUUUAAGCAGAAGGAUUCUGGGAAGCCAAUUUUGACAGCCUAUGACAGUUCAAAUCCAUGGUGGACUCUAAUUGAAGAAGCCAUAGUUAAAGCCAAGGGCAAAAUUGGAAAACCAGAGAUAUUUCCUGCUUCAACCGAUGCUCGAUACUUCAGGAUGAAGGGUGUUCAUGCAAUUGGGUUUUCUCCCAUGGCAAACACUCCUAUCCUUCUCCAUGAUCAUAAUGAGUUUUUGAACAAGGAAGAAUACUUGAAAGGGAUUGAGGUGUAUGAGUCGAUUCUCAAAGCUUUUGCAUCUUUUGUUGAAGCUAAAAAUGGGGAAGAUUCUUUGGGAGAUGAGUUAUAAAAACGGAUGUAGAUUUGUAGGCAAUUAAACCCUCUAGUGCAUUUACUACAUGCUUUUGGUGUCUUGAAGUGAAGAUUUCCUAUAAUUAGAAACUCAAUUGAGCCAUUUUACUCGGUGAAACUCAAUCACAAAUAUUUUUGGCCUAUUGCAUACUACAUAAUUUUUUGCUUGAAGAAGAUCGUGAUAUAGAACUUGAAGAAGUGACAUGUGAGGUGUUAAAUACAUGGACGAGAGAGGGGAACAAAUAAGAUUCAUUCAAUAUCAAACAAAAUGUAGAGUGAAUAUUUAAUACGUCUAUUUAGCUUAUUACACAUGUUUCGUACUAUUUGACUUUGAAACUUCAUUAAUGUUCAAUGUUUAAUGUUUCAUUAUUGUCAAGAUUUAAGUAA